CUGGACCAAGUUCGAUCUACGUUUGUGGCAACAAAUGGUUUAAACUUUAAAAUCUCAGUAGUAAAAUGGUAAAUCAGCAGUAGUGUUAGUAGUAAGAAUGGUAAUAACAAUACAUACAAUAAUACCAAUAUUUUUCUGUAUUUACUGAUAGUAAAUAUAUUGAUUAUGAUAGCUACAAAAUGUUUUGUCUGUCAAAUUCUACAUAAUCAUCGAAUCCAAGGAACAUUGUUGCUUCAGAUCGUUGAGAUGAAUACUUCAGAGCAGCUAGGUACCUACCUAUUUUUUUCGUUAGUUUUGAUAUCAAAGCGUAAAAUAAGUAUAGGGGGUUGUUAUGGUUACAGAGUAACAAGGAAAUGUCUCAAAUGAAAGGAUUUAAAAAUGUCAUCAUAAUUUUCUGAACUAAUCAUAACAAUAAUAAGAAUUAUUUUGUUUUGUAUAAGUAAAAAUUAAUAUUAGUUGCAGUUUUAAAAAUAUAACAAGUUAGGAAAAUUAUUUGGUGAAUUAUGAGUUUCUGUGUCGACCUUGUAUCUGAAGACUCUUUUUAUGAAAAUAUCACUUUGGGAGUGACAAAACUGUUAGAAUCCGAUCCUAGGAUAUGUAAUGUUAACGUGGAACGUAGAUCGCCCUGUGACCGCGUAGCCCUGUCGACAUGGGAACAGAGACAUUCCGCCUUACUUCCAGAGGAUCUCCGAAAUUUCUAUGCAUCCAGCGACGGAUUCCAAUUAACUUGGCAUUACAAAUAUUCUGCUGAUGAAAUACUACCAGUAGGCUCGAUUAGAGUGAAUUCUUUGAACGAGUUAUGCCUUUCGCCAGCAUUAAAGGAUUUGUUAGACUUCUCCAUGACGAGACAACACACGGGGCCUCGACCUGUGUUAAACACUAAGAGCAAAGUAUUCGAAUUGGAUUCUUGCAGGACUAUUGGAAAGAUAUGCCUAAUUCACACAGGCGGGAUGUGGUCAGUGUGGCUGGCGACUCGAGAAGGCGCUUGGGGUUGGCUAGCUGACUCUUUCACAAAUUACUUUAGGAUGGCGUUAGUGCAUUUGGGCCUACCAGGUUGGCAAGCAGCCUUUGCUAAUCUACCGUUGAUUCCUUGGGCAGAGCAACUGUUUUUACUGUUAGCGCCGCAUCUUUUGGAUAAAUCGGAUAUAGAGCCCAACCUUAUAACGGCUACAAGUGAAGCAGGAUUAAAUCACAUCGACCCUAAUAUUUUCAAGACAUCUGUUCGUCACCACAAGAACACCACACGGCAGACAAAUCAGUGAUAGUAAUGGUUCAGAUUACUAAAUUAAUCGACUAA